AACCGUAUUGUUUGAAGAGGCAGACGAGCCUUGUCACUCGUUCAAGAAAGAAGGUUAAAGUGUAGCUCGAAUUUUCAUCUUUUUUUCCCUCUUCACGAUGGCUGACGCGGAGCAGAAGGCGAUGCAGCUGAUGGCCGAGGCUGAGAAGAAGCUCACCUCGUCCAAAGGCUUUCUAGGAUCUCUAUUUGGGCUUUUCUCUGGCUCUUCAAAGGUAGAUGAGGCCAUGGACCUUUACCAGCAAGCAGCUAACAAAUUCAAGAUGGCCAAGAAAUGGGGGUCAGCCGGCCAUGCCUUCACAGAGCUCGCUUCCCUCCAUGCGAAAGCUGGAUCGCGACUCGAUGCAGCUACCAAUUAUGUGGAGGCUGGUAACUGCUAUAAGAAGACCGACCCCAAUGAGUCUGUUAACAGCCUGCUAAAAGCAAUUGAAAUCUACACUGACAUGGGCAAAUUCACUAUGGCUGCUAAACAUCACCAGUCUAUUGCUGAGAUCUUUGAGACAGAGGUAGCAGACAUGGAGAAGGCCAUCCAACACUACGAGCAGGCUUCUGACUACUUCCGUGGUGAAGAGAACAACUCCUCUGCUAACAAGUGUCUGCUUAAGGUGGCUAUGUUUGCUGCACAGAUGGAGAACUACGAGAAGGCAAUCCAGAUCUAUGAACAGGUGGCUGCUAGUUCCCUAGAAAGCUCCUUACUCAAAUACAGUGCCAAGGAAUACAUGUUCCGAGCAGCACUGUGCCACUUGUGUGUUGACUUGACCAAUUCAAAGAUUUCUGUGGAGAAGUAUGAAGAGAUGUAUCCAGCGUUCCAGGACUCCCGCGAGUGCAAGCUGCUCAAGGCUCUUAUGAAUCACCUGGAGGACCAGAAUGUGGACGCUUUCACCGACACAGUUAAAGAAUAUGACUCUAUCUCCCGCCUCGACCAGUGGUACACAACUAUGCUCCUCCGAAUUAAGAAAUCAAUCGCUGCUGAGGAUCUCUGUUGAGGGGCCUAAGAGAGGUGUUGAGGGAAUGAGGUAUUCUAAGGGACAAUGGUUGAGUGAUAGCUACUAGGAUGAUGCUAAUGUAGCGCUACUAGUGUGCGACGAAAAAUGAUACGAAGUUAUUUAUACUGUUGAUGAUGUUUGCUAGAGAUCUUUUUCAUCUAUCUUUUCUCUUUUGUGCUCUUGUUGUGUCUCUUUUCUCCUCAUCUCUGUCUGAGGAGGUCUUUACUGGUGUAUCUGUCAAGAUGUAAAGUUUCCUGUCGUUUGUUUUUUACUUGUCUGUCCAAAAGAAAAUGCUUUGUGUAUGUGCAGCAACUUUUUUCUCUCUCAUUGUUUCUAGGUGCAUGGAAGUGUCUUUUUCCAUUAUCAGUCUAUAUUAUAAGGCGAUUAUUUACUAUUUUAUAUAUUUUAAGUUCUCUGUAUGAUAUACAUUUGUAGAACACAAAGUUUUCAGCUUUGUGGUAGAAAUAUCAAGAUAUGACAAGACUGAUAGAUAUGCCAAGUCUUCUGAGUUGUGAAGCUAUAGGGUUAUAGUAUCAUCAUCCUAAUAGAGCUUCAUAGUAACUCCUGUGUAUAGUGUAGUUACCAUGAAUAUCAUGUCCCCCAGAAAUAUAAUGUAAUUUAUACACUUUUAUUAUAUAUUUUCCUUGUUUUUAUUCAGAUCAUUCUACUUAGUUCCAAGUGUGCUCUAUCCCAAGGAUAAGGAUAAGACUGUAUAAAUGUAGUGUAAUGAAUAAUAAUGAAAUUCAUUCAAGAGAGACUUGUUAAGGUCAAGUCUUGUGUGAGAGGCAUAUGUGGCCAUAUGGUAUUAACUACAUCUUCAUUUUGUUUCUUUUUUUCAUUCUUUCUUUUCUUAAUGUUAGAAGGGAAAGAGCAUUUGAUAGUUUGAACUUACCUUUGAAUAUAUUUUUGAAAUUUCUGAGGAAGAAAAAGAAAAAUGAAAGAAUAUAAUUAUUUUUUUCACUCUCCCCUUUUUUAUCCUUAUUUUGCUUUUAUUUGAAAGUCCAAUGUGGAUUCAUAAUUCAGUAACAUCCUCUUAUCAGAUUUAUUUUGCAUUUGUUGAGUUUUUUUUACAGUGCAGUUGCAUGUUUGAGAAUAUUACUAUUUAACUAAAAGUAAUGCUUUGAACUGCAUGUUUGUGUAUUCCUUAGAAGUUCUAUGCUGAAUUUUGUAGGGUACCUGACAUAUUAAUUUUCAGAUUCUUAAAAGGCAAAUCUGUGGCACAAGGUGCUUGUGCUGUAAAGUUUAUGAGCUUUAAAUAUAAAUUUUCAGAAAGGCUUUGUCAUUAGGGAAUAAAUUACAUUAUUUUUGAAGCUGUUUACCCUCACAACCCUUUGAUUUUAUAUAUUUACUGUAUUUUGUAGGCAAAUCAUUAUUUCUGUGUAUUAAAGUAGUUGGAUAGUUUUUUUUAUGUAAUAUUCAUGAAAGUGGUUUAUUGCAUAGACCAGUUGAGUAUGUUCAGAAAGGCUUCACAUUCCUGUAAUAAAAAAAGAGUUUAAGAAAGGGUGUUACUUUUGAGUUGAAUUUUGAUGUUAAAACUUCAGAGUAUUAUACCUCUUUAAUUUAUUAUGUUUUAUAAAUUUAUGUUACAUUGAUUGAUUGUGUGGAAUAAAUUAUUUCUAUUUUACUGUAGAAAAAUUUUCCCUCUUUCUCAGCAAAUAAAACAAACAUACAAAAAGAGAAGAAAAUAUCUGAAACAUUUUUUUAAUAAUUGAUAUACAGUCACUUGAAGGAAACAGGUUGCAGUACUUAAACAGUGUGGGACAGUCCAACCAAGGUAUACAAGUUCCAUGCAUGCUGAAACACUUCAUUUUAGUUUCUGUUUAAGACAGUGAUGAUUAAAAAAAAAAAAAAAAAAAAAAGAAAGAAAAAAAUUAAUGGUUUAUAGUUUUUUUAUUGUAAUUGAUAUUUUUAACACCAUCAGACUUUGGCUGUACGGUGGUAGGAUGUUAGAAAGGGGAAGAUAAUCCUGGAAGGCUGCUUAAGAAGACUUCGUGCACAAGGAGUUUGCCAAGAAGUAAAGAACUGAACGCUUUUUGAAUAUUCAAAACUUUGAAUAUUUUCAGUGCUCAGGAGUUCAAGAAUCUAUAGUGGCUCUGAAUAUUGACGAUUAUGAGUAGAAUGCUCUGCCAUAAUGUUGAGUGAAAAUUGUAGGCUUAGGUAAUUGUUUUAUUGCUAUGAGGUUUAAUCUGUAAUAUUUAUUGACUAAUGAGCAAUGAAGAGUGACUUUGACAGCAGUUUUUAAAAUCCAUAGAUAUAGGAUCAUAAGAGUCAUACAAUCAUUGUUAGUGCUCUACUCUAGGUAAUCAUAAAUUGUUAUUGUAAAAGUAAUGUUUAUGGAUUUCAUUUUUCUUGUAUAAAGUGAUAAGGAGAAAAGUUCCUCAUUCAGUAUACAGACUAUUAAUUUUGUAUUUUGAAUUGAAAGUAAUUGAAUCAUAACAGCCAAGAUCUGUAUGUGAUUUUGUUAGACAUUAAAUAUUUUAUUCCCAGUGUCUCAUACUAACUCACCCUACUUAGUUUUAAAAUAUUACUGUGAAAAAUGAAGUAUUACAUGUAAUUCACCCCACACUAAACCACCUUUCCCUUCUUUCCCCAAUGAUUAAUAAAGUUUUCCAUGUGUAAAGAUAUUUGGUAUAUUUGUACAGGCACUUCCAGCUGUCCAGCCUAGAUUCUGUUGUCUAAUGUGGUGACAUGUUUCACUGAUGAUGAUUUUGUGUGAUAAUGCAUGCUUCUUGUUCAUUAAGAAGUUUUUAUUAAAUAUAUAUGCACAAUAGCCUUAUUUUGUAAACCCCUUACAAAUUCAUAAUGGAAAUUAGACAUAGUGCUGAGAAAUUGCUGGAUUUUUGUUUUUUGUGAAUUACACAUGAAUGUGCAUCCUCUAGUAAUUAACAUUAAAAAUAACCUUCCUGGCGCCUCAUAAAACGACUGUUUUGUAUUAUGAAUUGCACUGCAGUAUUUUAUCUGUGAAGGGAAAAUGAUUAACAGAGUAACGAAGUGUUUCCGUCAAUAAAGCAUAAUACUCUCUCUCUCUCUUUCUUUCUUUCUUUCUUUCUUUCUUUUUCUCUUUUUUUCUCUCUCUCUCUCUCUCUCACUCUCAUUUUUUGGCUGUCGUGAUUAUUGUUAUUUCUGUCGAUCUUCCCAUAUUUCAUUCCUUCCAUGAUUUGUCCGAAACACAAACCUCCACAUGCACAUUUACAGAUUCAUUAUAUGGCUGAUAUGAGAAAUAGAUCCUUUAUUCACAAAUUUUGCGUAUAGAUUGAGGGAUCAUAUCUUUUGAGAUAGCCAUCUAUGCAAUUAGGUCUUUUUUUCUCUCUUUUCCUUUUCCUUUUUUUAGGAUGAAAAAGGGAAAGUGUUUGGUAACUGAAAAUCAAUUAAUAUUAGGAACCAUUUAAAGAGGAUAGUAUUAAUGUAGAGAUAGAAAUGGAAGAAUAUUUAAGCUAUCUGUGAAUUUGAUUAAUAUAUCUACUCAAUUCCAUAGAAACUAUAACUAAAUCCUCAUAUGCUAUAUAUUUUCUUUAAACAAAACCAUGUUAACCAUUCUCCCUCAUUAUGUUCCCAAAAUCUCAAAUCCCACAGUACAGUGCACUUUGUUUGUUGCAUAUCAGUAUCAAGAGACAAUGAAUAAUUAAAUGAAAGCAUUAACUAUUGUAAUAAGUUAGAGUUUUAUAUGGAGAUAGACUAUAUAUAUAAUUUUAUCACACCCUGAUUAUUGUAUGAGUGAAAUAUCUCCUUCAUUUGUUGGUAAUAAUGGUGUGUGUUAGGCUCACGUAGUAGAAACUUUCUUGUUAUGGGAAACCAACCUUUAUAUGAUUGUGGAGUUUUCUGAUCUUGUUGACAGAGAUUUAAAAGAGUGUAACUCAUAACAAAGCUGGUGUGUAGGAAUUAAACAUGUUCUUCAAGAGUUGUUUCCCUUAAAUUUCAUAUCUUAUCUGUAGUAGCAACAGCUAUGCUAAUGUGUUUGUGCUUAGGUUUUUUGUAAAUAUAACCAUAUAAGUAUCUGUCAAACUCAGUACUGUAUUUCUGAAUACUAUCCAAUCACUCAAACUC